CAUUUAGGAUAACACACUAGCAAAUUUGGAGAUUUUCUCCCUACAAUUAAAAGGAAAAAGAAAAUGGAGAAAAAGACCGGUAUAGUGUCCUUAGACCGGUCUCUUCCGGUUCUUGGUCAUCGUAUGCAGUUGACUUUUCUUAUUCUUUUGUCAGCAAAACACAGAAAGUUUUAAGGAAAGAGGAGAAUCUUUUGUUCAGAGAUCUGUACUUUAAAGCUCAAAUUCAUCCAUAACUAUUUCUCUACAUAAAUAUUCUAAUAUCAACCUUCAUCAAAUAUGCUGCCUCCACGUCCCAGCGGAUUGCCUUCGUCCUUAUUUCUUGCAUCUUCAGAUGCCAGAGCAUCAACUGAUAAUCAUGACCCCAGAAUGAACUCUGAUCAGAAUCGUGAAUCACCUGCUGAGAGUGCUAGUUCAAGAGAUACAUGGCCCGUUAUCGAUGCUGCUACCCAAGUGAAGCUUGAGAAUCAGAAAGUCGAGGAUGGUUAUUAUGAACAGUCUGUUACUCGCCGGUCUGCUAGUGCAAAUAAGCUCUCUCUUCUUGAUAUCGCAAGAGAACAAGUCGAUAUAAUAUCUGAAAAAAUGUAUUUGCUCCCUAAUGAGUAUUUAGAAGAGCUUAAGGGUAGGCUUCGAGGGAUGCUUCAGGGGGACGGGGGUUCUCAGCAAAGAGAUGAUUUUUUGUUUUUACAAAGGCUUGUUCAGAGUAGGUCUGAUUUGACUGCAAAGACAUUGAUUAAAGCUCAUCGAGUUCAGCUGGAAAUUCUUGUCGCUAUUAAUAGUGGAAUUCAAUUUUUCCUGCAUCAAAGUAUGAAUCUUUCUCAGACUGUCCUGAUUGAGGUUUUUGCAUACAAGAGAUGUCGGAAUAUAGCAUGCCAAAGCCAAUUGCCUGCAGAAAAUUGCCACUGUGAGAUAUGCACCAAUAGGAAGGGAUUCUGCAGCCUUUGCAUGUGUGUAAUUUGUAACAGGUUUGAUUUUGAAGUGAAUACAUGUCAGUGGAUUGGUUGCGACUCAUGUGCUCAUUGGACGCACACGGAUUGUGCAAUUCGUGAUAAACAUAUUGGAACAGGUCCUUCUCGUGUAAACGGGCUGGGGUCUGCUGAAAUGCAGUUCAGGUGUAGAGCAUGCAAUCGCACUUCUGAGCUUUUUGGUUGGGUGAAAGAUGUAUUCCAACAAUGUGCACCUACCUGGGAUAGGGAAUCUUUUCUAAGAGAACUAACCGUUGUAAGUAAGAUCUUUCGAUUGAGUGAGAACACGAGAGGGAGACAGCUGUUUUGGAAGUCUGAGGAGCUCAUAGAAAAACUAAAGGGUGGAGUGGAAGAGACAACAGUUUGCAGGAUUAUAUUAUCUUUUCUUCAAGAGCUCGAGAUGAACUUAUCAAGGAGCUCCGAGGCGGGAAAUAAUGGAAGGAUGACUCCACCAGAGGAGGCAUGCAACCGAAUUGCUGAAGUGGUACAAGAAGCAAUGCAAACAAUGGAAAUGGUGGCCGAUGAAAAACUGAGGAUGCUAAAGAGAGCUCGCCAAGAUCUUGAGACUUGUGAUAAUGAACUGGAGGAAAAAGCUAAAGAAGUUGCAGAACUUAAAGUCGAAAGGCAGCGAAAAAGGCUACAGAUAGAUGAAUUAGAUAGCAUUGCUAGGCUUAAAGAAGCGGAAGCAGAUAUGUUCCAGCUUAAGGCGCAUGAGGCAAGACGAGAAGCUGACAGGCUACAGAGAAUCGCUCUUGCAAAAUCAGGGAAAUCAGAAGAAGAUUAUGCCAGCAGUUACCUUAAACAACGUCUUAGCGAGGCUGAAGCUGAGAAGAAGUUCCUUUUCGAGAAGAUUAAACUUCAAGAUCAGGGUCCUCGUUCAUCACAAGGCAAUGACAUCGGUGACACUUCGAAAGAACUUUACACUAAAAUACAAGAGAUCCUAAAGAGUGUAUAGAGCUUCUAGGAAAGCUAGACAAUCAGUCAAAUGAACGUCUUUGUAAGUGGCUUGAUCAUUAUUCAUGGUUUGUGUCGUUUAAACUUUUUCUUUAAAUAUGACAUUGGCAUGACGACAUCCUAAAACCUCGUAUAAAUUAUUAAUUUGCUUUUA